AUGAAGUUAUUAGUAAUUAUUUUGAGUUUUAUUUUAUUUUCUCAUAUUUAUGGAUUGAAUACAGAUGAAUCAACUGGUAUUAAUGUAUUAGAAAUAUUAAAAGCAAAAAAUUUAUCUUGUGAUCUUCAUAUUUUUAUAAAUUCAACUGACAAUUCUCAAGAUGAAUAUAAUGCUUUCAUAAAUGAUCUAACACAAUAUUGUUCAAAUUCUGAAUCAACAAAACCAUAUCGAGUUCUAUGUCGUAUGAUAUUAAUAGAACUUGAAAUCGGUUGUUUAUUUCUAAAUAAUACAAAUCCAUUACCAGUAAAAUAUAUAACCUCAUAUACACCAAAUAAAAUAUGUUCAACAAAUAAAAUAUUAUAUAUAAAUCGUUGGAUAUGGGAUAAAUUAAAAUCAUAUGAAAAAAAACAAAUUGGUACAGCAUCGAUGGAAUUAUGUUUUACAAUAACUUCAUUUAAUGAGACACUUCGAUUGGUAAAGUUUUUUUAUAAAAUUGCACCACGUAUUAGAGAAAUUGAUACAUAUGAUAUAAAAUCUUUAUCACAUCAAAUCAUCGCUGAUUCAUCUGCUAAUAAAGUCAGAUUAGUUAAAAAAAAGCAUUUCAAAAAAACAAAUAAUACAAUUGGAAUUCCAUUAGGACGAGGUGAAGAAUUAUCAGGACGGGUACAAGUUAAUGAACGACCAAAACCAAAAGCUCUAGAUAUUGAAGUUGUUUUUAAAUCAAAUGAUGGUGAAAAACGAAAUUGGAUUGAAGGACGAGAUGGCGAAAAUAAAGAAGAUAAUGAACCACGUUUAAACUUACUUCGUUAUAAUCGAACGAAAUCUCAAGAAAAUCGACUUAUCAUUCCUUCAGUGCCAAAGAAAAAACCUAAAUUUAAACCAAGAUUAAAUGUAUAUCGUGAGGAUGACGAUAACUGGUCAGACAAUGCCAUGACCAUCUUUCUUGUUUUUACUUUAUGUAUUAUUAUCAUUUAUUUGAUACUAAGCAAUAAAAAUAAAAUAUUAGGUUUAAUAAUUGAAGGAUGCAGACUACAACGUGUAAUGCAUGGACGUCGUUUUGGUUCAAGUUUUAGUAUGAAACGUCUUACUCGUCCAACGCAGUCGAUCUAA